GCUGUUGGCCGCGCGAAGAUGUCGGCCGCGGGGAAACGCUUGGAUAUUUCGUGGAUUGCGCGCGCCUCUUGGCGGCUUCGCCGCUACAAUUUUCAGGGCUGUAUCUACUUACAACAUAUUAGGCACCUUACAAUUCUUCAAUUUCAUCGGGACGCGAUGCAACUUUUUCUGAAGAUAUCUCAUUUAAACUUUCUUGUGUAAUUUAUCACAAUAGUUGAAUUUACAUGAUGAAAGUAUAUUAACCGGAAACCAAAGGAAUGAAAUUAUUAUGAAAACAUCUUGUUAAAAAUAGUGUACGCGAUUUUGUACGUAUCAUGCUAUUUGGUUGCUAUGUUUUUUUUUUACGUAGUAUGGCAUUCGCAUAAAAUGCCUCGCGCUAUUAUCCUAAUUUAUAAAAAGUUAUACAUAUCCCAUCAAUUGUGUUAAAUUACCAUUCUUACAUAGCGUAAUUAAAAUUCCAUAUGUUUUAAACAUCACAAUAGUAUUUGAUUAGAAGUUUCAAAGUAUGAAGUUUUAUUGUUGUUAACUAUUUUUUCUAAUGUGACUUAUGAGAAGUUCAUAUUGUGAAGAAGUGCUCGAAUGAAACUUUGGCGGUAUGUUGUUCGAGAGUAUUCGUAUACUCUUUUUUUCAAUGUAUUUAUAUCUAUAGAUAUUAGCUGUUUUGUAACAAACACUUUAUAUCUGAAGUAUUAACGUACUACGCAUAAUAUAUACAAUCUAAUACAUAUUACGACAAUAUUUUUUUGAAAAUGUAUCAAUAUAUAAUAGAUAUAAAAACAAAUUGAAAUUUAUAUUUCAAUUCUAAAAUUUUGUGAAAUUUAAAUUGUCAUUGAAUGACUAGAAAGCGUAGUUGAACGAUAACUGUAGAAAAAUAAAAUUUCAAGAAAUUUACAAUUGUAAUUGUCAUUAAUUAUGUUCAAAAAUGAUUUUUCGUAGCAAUUACAUUCCAUGUGAUUCCGGACAUAUUAAAGUAAUUAAAGUGAGUGGAAUAUCUUUAUCGUGGAAAUAGUGAAAAAAGUACCGAAGAAUAAUCGAUGCACAAUUAAUGAAAGUUCGAAGAGAAGUCUCGUGAGGUCUGCGGCACGUACGCUUUGCAGGAGGUACCCGAGUGGUUGGUAACAGAGACGCUUAGUAGAUGAAUACGGUCCUGCGCGAUCCCCUCCACUUUCCUCAUCCCGCUAUACGACCAGUCAGUUCCUUGUUUGCCAUACAAAAUCCAAUAGUUUGCCUUGUACCUCGAGAGAGUGCGAGUAUGUCUUUUCCAUUUGCCUUUUUUUUUAAAAAGUGCGGUAAUUCAUCAAAGUACUCGCGAAAAUGUGCAUUUUACUAAGUUUAUUCACUCACACAACAAGAUUUCGAUGGUUUUGAGAAGGAGAUCCCAGAAAGCAUAGUGAAUUCCUGUCUGAGACCAGACCGACCGGCCCGUUAAGGCUUCGUCGAUUUUUUGGUCGUGAAAAAACAACGGAGCCGAAGCUUUUGUGCAGAAAGUCAGUUGGACGAUUGAAAAAGACCGAUACGACGAAAACCAGUGUAUCUAAGUGCGCGUACAAAUACUCGAGGUGACUCCUGUGUAAAAGGAGCACCGCAGGACGAAUAUUUUCACUGGAGUUCUCGAGAAAAUGUGUUAUGUAUUUACGUGGAAUAUUGCGUAACGUCGAGGGCCGGGAAGUGUUUGGAAACGUGCAACACUGACAAACCUCGCUUCGACGACUUUGCAGCACGGGCAGCACGAGCUCUACGCGUCCGUGCAGCUGGCUUUACCGGCUCUAUUUCGUCUCUUCUAUCCCAGCGAAAUUCCCCUCGCGAUACCGCGAUCGAAAUUUUCCAAAGGAAGAAACUCCACCGACGCUCGUAUCUUCUCGUGGAACAGCACAAACUUUCCUCGCGAUCAACUUGAUUUCAACCUCGACCACUUGCUUCUGGAUAACUUCUCUCGAAAUUCCCUGGUGCAAGGACGUUCAACUUCUUUUCAAAUGGAAAUUGUAUUUCCAAUGUGAUCUGCGAUGAAACGUGUUCGCGGGCUGGACGAGGUAGCAUCACCAGCAGCAGCAACAUUAAAGCACUCAUCAGUGAGUGCAGGAAGUGGCUUAGGUGGCGGAGGAGGUGGUUUGGAGUACCAUUCAAGUAGUGGAAUAGGCGUUGUUGUACCUGGCCAAGCAGUUCGAUCAGUUGCUUCGAAAGAAAUGCCGGGAAGCAUACAAUUUGGAACUGCCCAAGCUCAACAGCAAUAUACUGGAGCAAUUGUAGUGCCGACUGCGGCUCCGUCCCCUAUUAAGGGAAGUGGAUCUGGAGGACUUACUUCUACAUGUAGUAGUAGCAAUGUAAACACUAGUGGAGGGUUACAUGGUGGAAUAGGUGGUGGGAGUAAUCAUAGUAUGGGUUCCCAACAGCCUGCACCAGGAACCCAAAAUCAAGUUCAUAGCCAACAGCAACCAACAAUAAGGCAUAAGGUUCAUUCUAGCAAUGUAGCACCAUUAGCUUCUACUCCACCAGGCAGUAGCCUAGGUAGUGGCAGUGGAUCCCAACAGUUCCAGAGAUUAAAAGUAGAAGAUGCAUUGUCUUAUUUAGAUCAAGUAAAGUACAAAUUUAGUGAUCAGCCUCAGGUGUAUAAUGAUUUUUUGGAUAUUAUGAAAGAAUUUAAGUCACAAAGCAUAGAUACACCAGGAGUAAUAACAAGAGUGAGCCAUUUAUUUAAAGGACAUCCUGAACUUAUUGUUGGUUUUAAUACCUUUCUUCCACCUGGAUAUAAAAUAGAGGUACAGGCAAAUGAACAAGGAUAUGCAUUUCAAGUAUCAGUUAGUAUGCCAAGUCCAACAGCAACACAUACUGCUACCUUAUCACAACAUCAUUGCACUGUAAAUGUUGGUUCGCCUCCUGUUGCAAGUCCACCAACACAACCAGCAAAAGCUCCACCAGUUUUACAAAUAAUGCAAGGAUCCGGAAAUAUACAUCAUUCAUUGGCAAAUAAUAUUUCGAAUAACAGUUUAACUGUACAUGCACCCUCACCACCACCAGUACAGGCAUACAAUAAUUCACAUGUUAGUGCAGCUCAAGCACAGGCUGUGAGUCAAGCAUUAAGUCAAGCGCAAGAUGGUAUUCCGACCAGUGGGCAAACUCAACAGAGCCAACCAGUUGAAUUUAAUCAUGCAAUUAAUUAUGUUAACAAAAUUAAGAAUCGGUUCCAAGGUCAACCAGACAAAUAUAAAAGAUUUUUAGAAAUUCUACACACUUAUCAGAAAGAACAACGAAAUUUAAAAGAAUCUGGACAUAUGGGUGGCACAAGUGGAUCUGGUGCAUCUGGCGGAGCAAAACAUUUAACAGAAGCAGAAGUUUACAGUCAAGUUGCUAAAUUAUUCGAAAACCAAGAAGAUUUACUCGCUGAAUUUGGACAAUUUUUACCAGAUGCCACUAAUCAACAAAGUGCAUUGAGUAACAAGACUGCUACAGUUAACGAUCAUACAACAAUCGUUAAAAAACCAUUGGGACCUAAAGCACCUUAUAAUAAUUCAGGAAAUAUUUCGAGAGAUCUUCGAGAAUCAAGCGGUAUUAAUACAAUAGAACGAGAAACUCGUGAUCAUAGAGAUCGUGAACGGGAAAGAGAUAGAUCUGGUAUACGAGAUAUUAAUAGUGUACAAAAACUUGGCCACAAUACGGGACAAUUAAAAAGAAGUCCGUCGUUUUCACCUUCGGUAACAGCUGGAAACUCUCAUCAUAUACAACAUGGUCCACCUCCUUUAAAAAAGCAUAAAGUAUCAUCCAUGCGUGAAUGUGUUACCAUAGCAGAAGCUGGAAAAUAUGGUAGUUUGAACGAUUAUGCUUUCUUCGAUAAGGUUCGUAAAGCAUUAAGAUCUCAAGAAGUAUAUGAAAAUUUCCUCAGAUGUUUGGUUUUGUUUAAUCAAGAAAUAGUUUCCAAAUCUGAACUGGUGCAAUUAGUAACGCCAUUUCUUGGUCGCUUUCCUGAACUUUUGCGUUGGUUUAAAGAUUUCCUGGGCCAUUUGCCUGAAUCUUCUAACACCAAUACAACAAAUGCGAGUAGCAAUUUAAAUGUCGAAGCGCUACCAAAUAAUGUUGUACGAAGUCAUCAAGAGAGACCGCAAGGUGAUUUGGCGAUGGAAAUUGACUAUACGGCAUGCAAGCGCUUAGGAGCAUCAUAUUGCGCAUUACCAAAGUCUUACGUUCAACCAAAGUGUACAGGAAGAACGCAGUUGUGUAAAGAAGUUCUUAACGAUACAUGGGUUUCAUUUCCAACUUGGUCAGAAGAUAGUACAUUUGUAACAUCCAGGAAAACUCAAUAUGAGGAAUUCAUUUAUCGUUGCGAGGAUGAACGAUUCGAAUUAGAUGGUGUGAUAGAAACUAAUGCAUCAACGAUUAGAGUUCUAGAAGGUGUUCAUAAAAAAAUGAGUAGAAUGAGCCAAGAAGAACUUCAAAAAUUUAAGUUAGAUGAUUGUCUCGGUGGUUGUUCUCCUACAAUUCAUCAAAGAGCCUUGAAGAGGAUAUAUGGUGAUAAGGCUGCUGAUAUUAUAGAUGGUCUUAAGAAAAAUCCUGUUGUAGCAGUACCAGUGGUUCUUCGUCGAUUAAAGAGUAAAGAAGAAGAAUGGCGGGAAGCGCAAAAGGGUUUCAAUAAAAUUUGGAGAGAACAGAAUGAAAAGUACUACUUGAAAUCUCUAGAUCAUCAAGGUAUCAAUUUCAAGCAAAAUGAUGUGAAAGCUUUAAGAUCUAAAAGUCUAUUUAAUGAAAUUGAAACAUUAUAUGAUGAGAGACACGAACAAGUAGAUGAUGGCAGCGGAGAUGGUCAAAAUAAUAGUGGUCCACAUCUUGUAUUACCUUAUAAAGAUAAAUCUGUCCUAGAUGACGCAGCUAAUCUUCUUAUUCAUCAUGUAAAACGUCAAACAGCCAUCCACAAAGAAGACAAGCAACGAAUAAAGCUUUUAUUAAAGCAUUUUAUACCUGAUCUUUUUUUCCAUCCACGUCAGGAAUUGAGCGAUGAUGAACGAGACGAAGAUGAUGAGAAGGAAGAUCUCAAUGUAGCAGCAUGUAGUAAUUCUCAAUCGGCAACGAUGAAUAUUUCUCCAUUGAGUGGUGGUCUCCAAGCAAAUAGAAAUAAGGCCCCUGUAUCUCCGAUUCCGUCUUCCACAUCGAUUAAAACUGAACCUGAUAUUAAAGUACCAAUUCAUGCCAUGUCGAAUGAUCCUGAAGAAGCGUACACGCUUUUCAUGGGCAGCAACAAUUGGUACCUUUUUUUAAGGUUACAUCAUAUUUUAUGCGAAAGAUUAACAAAAAUGUACGAUCGAGCUGUGGCUCUUGCUGAAGAGGAAUCGCGAUAUAAACAACAACGCAAGGAGAGUACAGCAGUCGCAUUACGAUUAAAACCCAAAAAUGAAAUUGAAAUUGAGGAUUAUUAUCCUGCAUUUUUGGAUAUGGUUAAGAAUGUCUUGGACGGUAAUAUGGAAAGUACUGCGUAUGAGGAUACUUUGCGAGAAAUGUUUGGUAUUCACGCAUAUAUCGCUUUUACGUUAGAUAAGGUUGUGACGUAUGCUGUAAGACAAUUGCAGCAUUUGGUCUCAGAUCCUAUAUGCCAGCAAUGCAUGGAAUUAUUCCAGCGAGAACAACGUCAACCAAAAGAAAGUAGUGGUGCAGGUGGUUUAUGUGCUACAGCAUACAUGAGACUUGGUGCAGAAAUGUCGUAUCAACGUAAAGCUGAAAAAGCUAUGGCAGACGAGAAUUGUUUUAAGAUAUACAUUUAUAAAAAAGACUGUAAAAUGACAAUGGAAUUGUUGGAUACGGAAGGUGAUGAGGCGAUGGACAACAAUUGUAGGGAAAGAGAAAGGGAAGGAGUUACUGUAUCUGAAAAAUGGUCUACAUAUGUUGAGAGGUUUUCUGCUCCAGCUGGUCAGACUAGCCCGAAAGACACCCCUACCUUAACAGACAAUGAGCCAACAACCAAUCAUCCUAUGGAUGGGAAUGGUUGGAGUUUAGGCAGGAUCUUGGCAGGACGUAAGCCUGUAUUUCUUUACCGUAAUGUUAGGCAAUGGAGGAAAAGAACUGCGAGAAUGAUGUCGGCAUCUAUGCCUAAUACUAUGCCUCAUCCCGAGAAAAGUGCAGAGACAACAGAUAAAGAAAAAUCAUUGGAUUCUGUAGAUGCACUUCUAAAACGGCCUCCUAGUUUAAGAUUAGCAGAUUCUGGGGAUACAUCUGAUAUCAUCAAUUCUGAUGAAACACAAUGCAGAUUUAAUCCUAAUAGUUACCAAAUGCUCUAUAUUGCUAGUAAGGAAGCAUUCCUAUAUAAACAAAAUUCAUUCAGUCGUGCCAGAGAGUGUCAUCCAGCUGUGACAAAACAUUUGAAUUCAAAAUUCCAUCAAUGGUUGGCAUCUUGGGCAUCUAAAAAUGUUGCGGACGUUCAGCAUCGAUUAUGUCAAGAUUGGUUGAUGGGACGUUACGAAAACUUAAUUCCUCAUAAGACACGAGUGAUCACAGACAAUGACCAAACGAGAUCGCCUUAUAGACAAUACAAUCGUUAUAGAGUGGAACGUUUGCAACCUGAUCUUCUGACAGAAUCCUGUGUAUAAUCAUAUGUCUUUUAUCAUUUCUUUACCAUGAGAGAUCUCUCUUAUCAUUUCUUUAUUGAGAACUCGUUUCGGUAAUCUCACAUUCAUAUUUUCUGUUUAAAACAAAUUAAUAGUUAAGAGAAAAUUAUCAAGGCAAAAUUAAAGAUGAUUCUUGAAUUAUAUUGCGUGCACGUACAACGAGAUGCAUGUUUUAUUUUGCCAACGAAGUUCAUCGGGAACGAAGAAGGUGCAGAAAUGGUCAUUAGAAAAGAAAGUAUCGAAGACUAUAACGAAUCGUCUUUACAUUGUGUACUACACUUAUUCAUUCAAUUUUUACUAAAUUUGAUUCUUUAACUGUACAGGUUAUAAAUAAUCUGAUGCAAAUGGAAAUAUCGCUGAUUUGUUGUUGUUUGUCUAAAAGUUUAAUGUAAAGAGUCUCUUCAAUUUAAAAUAUUAAAUAAACUAUCGAAUCGAAUAUUAGAAGAAAGAGAAACAGUUGUAACGAGCGAUAUUUCCAGUUGUAUUAAAGAUCAAGCUUGUGAUCAGGUAAUAUAAGAUAUCUAAACGUAAUGUUUCAUUUCCGAAGAUCGAAUACUUUCCGAUAUAAUUAGAUAUAGAUUUUCCAGGUAAGGUUUUACAUAAGAGAGUAAAGUUACGGUAAAACUUUUGAUACUUUAU